CCCCUCUCUCCAAAACGUUGCGCACUCACUUUUCACAAGUCGCCGGAUCGAGAGAUCUGAUCCCUUUCCUCCUUUUUAUCUGGGGAGGGCUUUGUUUUCAAAGCGCAGGUGCAUUUUGAAAUAGCGAACGGAGAAUUGCGCGACCCCUUUGGAAAGGAGGGACGUACACUAAAGGGCAAAGAAGGGCAAAGGCAACAUAGAAGGGAUGCUUCAGAUACGAUGUGAAGGCAGCCCGUACCAGAUCGGAACGGCGCACGGGCGGGCGGCUAAGGAGGCUAUCGGGCGGAGUAUUGACUUCUACGAGCGCGUGUUCCGCGAGCGGACAGGCAUGGGCUGGGCGUCCGUGGAGCAGGUGGCGAUGGAGUACAUGCCACUGGUGCUACGGCACCGCGACAUCUUCGAAGAAGUGCAGGGCGUCGCGCACGGGUCCGGUUUUAACGUGGGUGCCAUCAUGGCGAUCAACGCGCGCACCGAGAUCAUGUACGGGCUGAUGGACGAAGGGUGCACGACGCUGGCGUGGAAGCCCGCCGCGGGCGGCAGCUGGCUGGCCCAGAACUGGGACUGGCAGGUUGGCCAGAAGGAGAACCUCGUCGUGCUGGACGUUGCGCCCAGCGGCGGCCGGCCGCGCUACAAGAUCGUGACCGAGGCGGGCCUCAUCGGCAAGAUCGGCCUCAACGAGGCAGGCGUCGGUGUCUGCUUCAACGCCAUCCAGGCCAGGGGCGUCGACACGGACAGCAUGCCUGCACACGUUGGGCUGAAGCUUGUGAUGGAGAGCCGGUCCAGAGAGGAAGCCGUGAAGAGGCUCGAGACGCUGGGGAUCGGAAGCGCCUGCACGAUCACGAUCGCGGAUCCCACUGGCGGCGUCGCGCUGGAGUGCAGUGCCAGAGGCAUAGAGAGGAUCGAGAUGGACGACCGCGGCCGCGUGUUCCACUCGAACCACUUCCUGAAGCCCCAAGAAGGAGUAUUCGAUACUCAGAUGCCGGCGGACACGCUCGCUCGACUCGCGAGGAUCAUAGAGCUGGCCGACGAUCUUGAAGGCGAGCCGACGGUCGACAAGAUCAGGGACCUGUUCAAGGACGAGCAGGGCUUCCCGGCAAGCAUCUGUAGGAUGAACACGAGCGAAAACGUGAACGCCACGCUGUUCAACAUCGUCAUGGACUUGCAAAAGAAAGAGGCACUGGUGUCGGUUGGACGUCCGGUUGCUCCGGAGGGAGAGCUUUGGCUUCGGUUUGACUAGGAAUGCACGACGAGAUACGACGAAAACGACAGUGUGCAAUGAAAGCCCGAGGAAGUGUAAUAAGGGGUGAUGCCCGCACCAUCUAUCAAGAUUCAUGUGUCCCUCUCCUAAUUUCAUGCUGUUUUUCUAGCCGAGCAGAUCUGGUAUGCACCGUGUUAAAAUUCGGGAGGCAUUCGACUUGACGUCUCUGGCUCGUUAAAUGAUUCCCGUUGUAU